AGAGAGAGAGGAGGAGGCGAGGGGGGUGGACCCCGCUCGUAGCAGCAGCCCAGCAGCGCCUCUCCCAACAUCGUACGAUUCCGCGAGCAUACCCCCCGCCGAAAGUCUCAUACGCGUUCAGACAGUCGCAUGCGGGCGGCGUGAGCUCUUUGCUCCGGCACGCUUUUUUUUUUUAAAUACACACCCUCCUUGGGCCGUCCGUCCUGCCUUGCCUGUUCCUCGAACCCGUGUGCGGCAGCGCGACACCUUGACUGUGUUAUCCUUUCGGUGUUUUCGUCGUCGGGGGGUUUUGUGUUUUGGAAGAAGCCAAGUGCGCGCCUACCACACUCCUUUGGAUGGCCGGUGAACGUGGUGCGGCGUCUCCGAGAAGCAUGGGUGCCUUGCGGUGGAGCAUCUUCUCCGCGCCCCUGCGGUCAACGUCGUCUUUGGUGGUCGUCUUCGCCAUCGUUCUCAUCACCGUCGCUUGUUGCGGCGUGCGGACAGUGGAUGCGUCCAACCAGUGCUCCACGAGUCAGUUCAAGUGUGCCAAGCACGAGAAAUGCAUACCCAAGACGUGGCGGUGCGACGACGAAGACGACUGCGGAGACGGCUCAGACGAAGAGAACUGCGAGAAGCGAACAUGUUCGGAGAUGGAGUUUGCGUGCACAAAUGGCCACUGCAUACCAAGCCGGUGGCAGUGCGAUAAUGAACCCGACUGUGACGACCGCUCAGAUGAAGACUUGGCAAUCUGCAAGAACAAGACCUGCUCUCCAGACCAAUUUGCUUGCAAGUCGCACGAAGGCGUCUGCAUACCUAUUACAUGGCGGUGUGAUGGUCAGGAGGACUGUAUUGAUGGCUCUGAUGAGAAAGACCACUGCUCUGCGGUGACGUGCACACAGGAGGAAUUCUCGUGCGACAACGGCAAGUGCAUCACUCAGCGCUGGAAGUGCGACCAGGACGACGACUGCGGUGACGGCAGCGAUGAGAGAGGAUGCCCGAACGUGACAUGCUCGAGCGCCGAGUUCAUGUGCUCCAACGGGCGCUGCAUUCCGGACCGCUGGCGGUGCGACCGAGACGUCGACUGCCUUGACGGAUCCGACGAACGCAACUGCCCGACGGACCGCCCGAGCACGUGCAAGGAGCGCGAGUUCCAGUGCGCCAAUGGCAUUGACUGCGUGCAUGCCUCGUGGCAGUGCGACGGCGACCCCGACUGCCCCGACGAAUCCGACGAGGCCAACUGCACCAACACGUGUCGCCCAGAUCAGUUCCAGUGCGCCAACAUGCACUGCAUCCCAGGGCAGCUUGAGUGCAACGGGCUUGCCGAGUGUCACGAUGGCUCGGACGAGGACCACUGCAACACCACCAAGCCGUGCGACCCCCACACGGAGUUUGACUGCGGCGGGAACCACUGCAUCCCCAAUAGCCUGGUGUGCGACGGCAAGAACGACUGCGGAGCGUACGAGGACGAGCCCAAGGACAGGUGCCACGAGAAUGAGUGUGCCAAGAACAACGGUGGCUGCUCGGACAUCUGCCGCGACGACCCGGUUGGGUUCCACUGCGAGUGCAAGCCGGGGUUCCGGCUCACGGAGGACGGCAAGUCGUGCGACGACAUCGACGAGUGUGCGACCCCGGGGUCGUGCUCGCAGACCUGUGUCAACACCAAGGGUGGAUUCAAGUGCGAGUGCAUCGAGGGCUACGUGCUUGAGCCAAGGGACCACCACCGAUGCAAGGCCAAAGAGGGUGUGCCCUACCUGCUCUUUGCCAACCGCAAUGACAUCCGCAAGAUUAACCUUGAGACUGGCGAGUACGUCGAGGUGGUCUCCAAGCUGAGGAGCACCAUUGCCACCGACUACAUCUACCGCACCGGAACAGUUGUCUGGUCUGACACUGUCGACGAAGUCAUUAGCAGUGCACCCAUUGACAAGGGAACCCCAGUCAAGGUGAUCAUUGACAAGGACCUUCACGUUGCUGAUGGCCUGGCCGUGGAUUGGAUCUACAACCACAUUUACUGGACGGACACGGCUCAGAACCUCAUCUCUGUCGCAGACCUUGACGGACGCAUGCGGCGGGCACUAUUCACUGAGGAGCUUGACGAGCCACGAGCGAUCGUCGUUAACCCACUGGAGGGCUGGAUGUUCUGGACCGACUGGGGCAAGCAGCCAAAGAUUGAGCGAGCUGGCAUGGAUGGCUCGCACCGAUCUGCCAUUGUCACCACAGACAUCCUCUGGCCCAACGGACUUACCAUUGACUUUGUGACAAAGCGGCUGUUCUGGGUUGAUGCCAAGCUACACCUGAUCAGCAGCGCCGACUAUGAUGGCAGCCACCGCCGAGUUGUCCUCUCUUCACCUCUGCUUGUAAAGCAUCCAUUCUCCAUUGACGUUUUUGAGGACUGGCUGUACUGGACUGACUGGGAGUCCGAGGUGAUCAACAAGGUGAACAAGUUCAACGGCCAGAACCUUACUCACAUUGCCAAUGGCGUCUUCUCGCCCAUGGAUGUCCACGUCUAUCACAGCUACAAGCAACCCCAAGGCGUGAACCACUGUGAGCAGGCCAGCGACGUGUGCUCCCACCUCUGCCUUCCGGCACCAAUCCUGAGCAUCCACUCGGCACACUACGCGUGUGCCUGCCCCAAUGGCAUGGAACUCCAGGAAGAUGGGCGCAACUGCAGGAUUAUGGCGAGUGCGGAAGAAGUACCGAAGGGCUGCGUCCUCUCGAAUGAAACAGUCUCGAGCAGCGACGCGGUCAAUGUGACCAUGCAGACGGUCACUGCAUCGCCUUCUCCAAACUCCUCCUCUUCCGCUCUUGCACCUUCUUCCUCAUCAUCCUCUCUGCCUUCCUCUGGGUCCAGCCUUCUCUGCAAUGCUUCUGCCGACACAGCGGCGCAAACGUUACCACCUGCCACUGGCGUUAAGGCUCCGACGGUGCCGGCUGUCACGGACGAGAGCGUGGCUUACAACGCGAGCCACGUCGGUGGCAGCGAUGCCGCUGGGCCUGCGGCGCCAUCGCUGGAUCGCCGGAAUCUAUUUUCCCAGCUGGGCUCGGGACACAUUGCUGGCAUCGUCAUGGGCGUUCUUGGGAGCCUGGCUGUCAUCAUCACCCUGGUGGCGUACCUUGUGUACCGACAGUACCUGAGGAGGAACAUCACGAGCAUGAACUUCGACAACCCAGUGUACAGGAAGACAACAGAAGACCAGUUUAGCUUAGAAAAGAACCAGUACCAACCGGCCAGGGCUUACCCCCCGAGCAUGGAACCUUUGACAUCACCGGGCACCAAUGAAUUUGUAUAGUGGCCUAUCUGCUAGAAGUGUAAAGGCUACGCUCACGUGGCCAGGACAUUAUUUUGCAAUUAGAGAGACUUUGGUUUUCUUCGGCGGCCACAAGUGGUGUGCAUGUGUGCCAGAAAGGACGGCCUCAUUGGCAUCGGAGCUUUUUGAGACAGUGCCCCCGAGGUGUGGCCAUGGGCAGCAACGGUGGAGAGAGAGAGAGAGAGCAGGACUCCGGCUUCUGCCAAGUGCUUUGGUGUCGUCUGCUGCGCAGCAAACUUGGUCUGGACCGUCUGUUGCCAUCUGCGGCUUCUGCAGGAGGGUACAGUGAUGUAGACUGAAUAGGGCAUGACUGGUUGGACACCGGUCACCACCUCCACACAACUUGCCACAAGUGCUACCAAAUGUCAUCGAGUUACGCAAUGUACAGACCAGCAUUUGGACGGCAACCUGCAUUGCAUGGCUGACCUAUCUUUCAAGAGGCAUGAAGCUUGCAGGAGAUGGAGGCUACCUCUGCAACUAGGCAACAAACGAUGCUUCGCGUCUUGUGACAGAUGGUCAUUUGUACAAGCAGGCGGUGGUCCUUGGUUACUGUAGCAGACGACCAAUCAUCCUUGGAGCAAGCAACAGCUUGUUUCCGCAAUGGACGGUUGUAUGUGCGGGAACCUGAUGUGUCGGUUUGCCAGCUCGGUAGCAGACGACCUGUUGGCAUCCUGCAGACGACUGACCAGUUGCAGUGGCCACGUGGCAGAAUGCCAGAAUGUGUGAAAGUGGGGGCUUGCAACUGUGGUUGUCUUGGGGGCGAUAAGCAUGGUGAACGUUGAAUGUGCGGGGAGGAAUGAGGCGGGGGGGAGAAAGCCUGCGAUGGCAGUGCGAGAUUGCUGUUUCCUGUUCGCCAGAGCUAAACCGGGAAUCAUUUUGGUGUCUUUCCCUGUACACUGGCACUUCUGCCGUGGGUGGGCCAUGGCCCUGCUGCUUGUGUGUUCGCGCGAGCGCAUCUCCUAUCUCGUGAGGCAUUGUACAUUGUGAGUUACUGUGCAUCACAAGUGUGGCCAGGGAGACCCAAGUGAAAGAAAAAAAAAAAUUUUUUUCAGAGCAAAACGGAACCACGUCCGUUUCAGGACUGACCAAGCAUUUGGCAUCCAUUCACACGUGAGCGAUCGGUCGAUUGUGUGAAUCGAACGAGCGAGCGGCUGUUAUUUAUUUUCAGUUACCAUCGAUCUUCUUGCAUCGUGGUUCUGGGUGGGGGAAAGAGUUUGGUAGGCUGCGUUUGUGAGCCUUUAGGUAGUCUUUUUCUUCUGUUUCUCUUAUUUUUGAGUUGAAGGGGUUAUUUAUUUCAUUGCAGGACCUAUUGCACCGAGAGAAAAAAAAAUCCAUUUGUUUCAUGAGUAGGAUGCGAGCUUGGGGCUCGAGGAUGAUGUCACGGAAUCUCCCUGGUGCUUAUAUUUGUGGUCUGGCGUGAAGGCAACGAAUCGAACAAGCUUUUAAUAACGCAUAUUUUCACAGCCAGUGCGACUGACAGGUAGGUAGCAGGAAAAAUAAUAGCAUAAGACUGGUUGCAGUCACUGCUGGACUACCACACGGCGAAGCAUAUCCAAGUCGUUCUCAUAUGGCUUGGAGUGUUUGUGGACAUUUUUUUUUUAGUCCCCUUUGUACAUUAGCAUCCCGAGAUUUUUGGAAUCUGUUUCAGUGUAAAUGUAGAAAAAAAAUGUGACGAUUUAACUUAUUGAUAGUUUCAUUAUUAUAUACCGGUGUUCACAUGCAUAGGCAGUGCUUGUUACGAUUUUUUUGCAACUAAGAUAUUUUUACUGAGCAGUGUCCACACUGAAAGUGUGUUCAGUUUAUUUCGUGGCAGCAAUUUACACUGGCCAUGCAUUAAAAGAAAAAUCUCACACGGUGUUCCUUUAGUGCACCUUGCAGAUAUGUUCCAGCAAAUGCAUUUUUUUGUUUCUAAAGCCCCAUGCUUCGUAGAUUUUUCGUAGGCGUUGGGGUAUCGGCUACGUGUCUUGUAAAACAACUCUAGAAUGUCAACCCUGUGUCAUUUCUUUGCUGGUUGCACAUGGUGUGGCUUUUUGGAUGUUCCUUGUCCAUGUGUAAUGCGAGUGUUUUGAGAGUCCACAUUGGGCCGCCGCCGCUUACGAAGUAAGUUAUUGGCCAUGGCUUUUGAGGUUCCUGCUUGUUGACUUUGCAAAGUCUGAGGCGGCAGAACUUCCAUUCUUUUAGCAAUGCUUGUUGCUCACAUGCAAUCGGUGUUGACGGCUCCACUUCAGACAUGUUCAUCAUCAAUUGUGUGACGAAUGCCACUGACCUCGAGUAGUGUAGGGAUUUCAUUGAAACGUGUUGUUUGUGGGUCAGCUGCCUGAAACUGCUAAUGCAGCAUUUUUGUUCAUCUUAAAUUUCUGCCCCACGAGGGGUUACGAGUGGUCGAAAGAAUGUACAUAAACCCACUUGUUCGCCAUCCCUUAUGCUUUACCCCAAGACAAGCAACCGAUUACCCUAACCAUCGAAGCAAGCUUUCUUCGUCUACUUCAGUGUAUAGAAACGAGCUGGCGCUUGAGCUUGCUUGAACCAAGGUGUCAUUUGCGAGUGGCUAAUUUCAUACCCUUUACUAUCAUCAAGCCGGACGAUUCACAAUGUUUACUCUUGUCGACAGCAAUUUUCAUGAAACCUUGUAAGCUUCAUUUUUUUUUUUUCAGACCAGGAAAAAGAAAGCUAAUUAUGUAUGCUUGCUUCCUCUUCAUUUUCUUUACUUGCAUUUUUGGAGCUUAUCUCCCAAUAAUGUUGAUCGCAUCAUUUUUACACGCUGAAACAAUUGGCCGAGAACGGCCCUUCCUUUGCCAUCACAGUGGCAAGCUUUCCAGCAUGGCACCUGUUGUCAAAAUCGCACCUCGCACGUUACUAUAAUUUUUCUAGACCCCUCGUAUUCCUAGCCCCACCCUCCCCUCUUAACAGAGGAUUGUUGACUUACGAUUAUGAUUAUCGUUAUUUAUAAUAAAUGCACGCGUGACUCGAGACGUGUGACGUGUGGCACCACACUUUCGCUUUCCUAACACGCCACUCAGUUGGCUAAAAACAUUGUGUACAUUUCCCGUCUCCCGCUGCGGUGUUUUUAGUUUUUUCCCUCCUACGAGUUUGUUACUCGGCCACACGGAAGUUCCUGUCCAAAGCGCCGUGCUGCCUUCCGAUGUUGUAUUUGUCCUCCCAUUUCGUUUCGGUCAGUCUCGGAUUCUAGUGCUUUGUGAUAUAUACAUAUAUAUAUGAAUGCAGCAGCUGUUGUUGCCGAGUUGUGUGUGUGUACGGUCUGUUGUGCAUAUUUGUUUCCUUUUCCUUCUUUCCUUUUCACAUCUGUAUACAUAGCAUUGAGUGUACUGGUCAUUUCUGUUCUCAGAUUAGUCGCCGCCAGGCGUGCGAUUCGUUCCAGUUCUCCUUUUUUCUUUUGUACAUAGUUGUCUACCCAAGUGUAAGGUAUGAAAUAAAAAAAAUUUGAUUUCACUAAGUAA